AUCACAACAUUUUUCAUAUGUGAACCUGAAGACGAUGCAAGAAAAAAGUUAAGUGAAACAGUCGAUUAUGAUAUAAACCAAAGAUGUGUCAGCGCAACUUUCAACAUUUUCAAAUGGAGUAUGUUUUUUGUUGUGGUACACAUGUGUGUUCCUGUAACUCCCGUCUACACAGCUAUACUUAUAAUAAGAAGAAGAAUUAUUGCAAAGUUAGAAAGUCACAAAACGAUGUCGAAACAGACCAAACGCCUGCACCUCCAACUGCUCAAAGCAAUAACUUAUCAAGCGUGCUUGCCAGUUCUGUUCAUAUUGGCCAUGGCAUGUUUUUUCUUGAGACAAUCCAAAAUUCUGACCCAUUCAAUUUUCGAGUAUUCCACAUAUAUUGUCAUCAGUUUUGUCCCCACACUGACCCCUUUACUGUCUCUUUACUUCACUAAGCCUUAUCGGGACUGG